AUGAUGAUGAACUCCUCAGAGAAGAUGAAGAAGAAACCUCCAAAGGACAGUCUGACUCUGCUGCCAUGUUUCUACUUCGUGGAGCUGCCCAUCGUGGCUUCUUCUAUGGUGUCCCUGUACUUCCUGGAGCUGACCGACGUGGUUCAGCCGGCUCAGGUGGGUUUCCGCUGCCACGACAGAGAGCUCAGCAUGCCGUACGUGGACGGAGGAGACGAACUGAUCCCGCUGCUGAUGCUGCUGAGCCUCGCCUUCGCUGGACCUGCCGCCUCGAUCAUGGUGGUUGAAGGUCUCAUCUACUGCCUGCAGUCCAGACUGAAGCUCCGCAGACCUGAAGGAAGUAUCAAUGCAGGAGGCUGCAACUUCAACUCCUUCCUGAGGAGGACGGUGCGCUUUGUAGGUGUGCAUGUUUUUGGUCUGUGUGCGACAGCUCUGGUCACUGACAUCAUCCAGCUGUCGACAGGUUAUCACGCUCCGUUCUUCCUCACUGUCUGCAAACCCAACUACACUCUGGCCGGUGUCUCCUGCGACAGAAACGCUUACAUCACUAAAGACAUCUGCUCGGGACACGACCAGCACGCCAUCAUGGCCGCCAGGAAAACUUUCCCUUCCCAGCAUGCAACGCUGUCCGCCUUUGCAGCUGUUUAUGUUUCUAUGUAUUUUAACUCGACCAUCUCCGACAGCACCAAGCUGCUGAAACCCGUCCUGGUUUUUGCGUUUGCCAUCGCAGCGGCGUUGACGGGUCUGACCCAGAUCACUCAGCAUCGCAGCCACCCCAUCGACGUCUACGUGGGCUUCCUCAUUGGAGCUUUCAUUGCUGCCUAUCUGGCUUUUCACGCUGUGGCCAACUUCAAGUCCUCUGAUGACAUCACUCCAGCCCUGCCUCCCCCGCCCCCAAAGGAGGACCCUUUGCGAGCGUUGACGGAGCGAGGACACGAGUCCGUCUACAACAAGGGCCCCGCCUCCGCCUCUGAGAGUAACGAUGAAAUAGCGGCGGCUCCAGCCCCCAUGGAUCGGCUGGAGGCCCUGGGGCCCUUGCAAAGGGAAAAGGACUCAAUGGGGAGCCUGAAGAGGGCCAGCGUUGACGUGGAGCUGCUGGCUCCUCGCAGCCCCAUGGGCAAGGAGACCAUGCUGACCUUCAGUAACACUCUGCCGAGGGUUAGCAUGAAUGUUAACGGAGUGCUGGGGGCCAACACGGGACCGGAGGACUUGGUGCAACCGUCACAGCCGGUGCAGAGGCGUCUGAAAGCGGUGCAGGUUCCGAUGGACCCAAUGCGUUCGCAGCAGCUAGUGUCUGAGUGGAAGCAGAAGUCAAUGGAGAUGAGAGGUCUGAACGUCCGGGACGAAGUGGAGCAUGAGGCCAGUGAGGACGGCUCUGAGGUGGGGUCUGUGGGGACGGAUGAGGGUGGGUCUCAGGUCCCCAUCUACCCCACAGUGCAGUCAGGGAGGGCAACCUCUAGCCGCAACCCCACUCCACCUCCAGGGGGUGCCAAAGCUGUGGCAACUCCCAGACCACCACAAAUCCCCGAAGCAGGACCCCCGCCAGUGUCCCCAAAGAGUGCCCUGACCCGAGCCAAGUGGCUUGCCAUCCGAGAGAAGACGAGUGGAGAGGGAUCGGCUCGCGCUGCUGCCAACCAGCCACGACUCAUGCAGGUCAUCGCCAUGUCAAAGCAGCAGGGCCUCCUCCCCUCCUCCUCCUCAGGGGAGAAAUCCUCCGAGACCACCUCCACCUGCUCUGGCACCUCCUCCACCACCGACUCUCCUCACUACCGCCCCCCGUAUGAGCAGCGCGAGGGGUCUGGUAUCAUCACGGUGGAUGCCCAUGCCCCCCACCAUCCUGUCGUCCAAGUCCCACCCCCUCCUCAAGCCCUGCCCCUUACAGGUAACGGUAACCCAUGGGAGUGGGCCGGGGCUUCUAACGAGGGUGACCCGCGAGACACCUACGACCUCAACAGCUUGAACCGGGGAGACUCUGCUGCCCACGGCAGCAGCUUCCGGCCGCACCGAUCUGCUUCACCACGUGCUGCAGUUGACCCGGACCCAGCCCCACCCUCACCUAACCCACAGGUGGAGAUGUCAGUGGACGCUCAACGCAGGGAGAUGGCCAUGAGGCGCAAGACGGCGCUAGUGUUGUUGGAUCGAGAGAUUCGUAACCAGACUGAACAGGAGAACUAUUAUAAGAGUUUGCAGGCACGGAGGUUCAAGGAUUAG